AUGUUUUAUAAAUCAAAAUCAAAUCACCUCCUUACAAUACUUUCAAUCCUACCGAUACUGUUCUUCAAUGCUUUAGCAUAUGAUGAAGAAAACGACGUGGACAAAUCACCUCAACCUCCACGAUUAGAUUCACCCGAAAAUUUAAAAGAUUUUCUUACCGUGGUAUACGUAACGAUAAUAAUGACUAUACUGAGUUUAUGCGGAUGUUCUUAUGUAUUUUACCGGACCUACAGGCAGUGGAUAUUAAAUAAAAAAAGAUCCUUGCCAAUGAUAUAUUUAUUACCAUUUUAUACUGCUUUUUCUGAUUUCCUCAUUAACAUUGCCUUAUUCAUAAAUAUUAUACAUACGGCAAUUUUUGCUCAAAUUUGGGAUCAACCAAUGUGUCGUAUCAUCAGUACGGUUCAUUGGGGAAUUCUAACGAUAAACCUAACGUUAUAUAGCGUCAUAGCUUCGAUUACAUAUACACGCGUUUGUUGUGAAAUUUAUUUUGAAUAUGGACCAUACGAUUAUAAACUUUGGUUAAUCGUCAUAGGUAUUUCCGCGACUUUUCAAGUUAUAAAUAUUCCGAAUCACGGUGCACGUAAAUUCUGGUGUUUUGGAAGAUCGGGACAAAUUGUUUCUUCCUCGAUAUUAUUCGUAUUGGUGACAUUGUCGCUGAUAGUUAUAUUAUUUUGUUAUAUUCGGAUUUUACAAUCUCUCAUGUCAAAAAGAGAUGAUGAUGAAUCAAGCAUUACUAAUGCUGAUGACGAAUUGGAUAGCGCGGCUAUGAGAAAGCGUGAAGAAAUUGAAAAAAAAGAGAAAAGAGCCGCGAAAAAAAUUAUCAGCUAUAUGCUCGUAUUUUUACUUCAAUGGACUCCUGUACAGAUUGAUGACGCUUGGAUUUAUAUUUUAGCUGCUACAGGUCAAUUACUCGGAGGAAUCGGUAACGCUGUAAAUUAUAUAUUAAAUGAAGGUUACAUUUCACGUAAUUCUGGUUCGGAGAAUGAAAUCGUGACAAAUUACGAAACAUCGAAUGACGAUGAAAAAUAA